CAGCCCCGUCAGCGCCGUCAGCCCGGUCAGCCCCGUCAGCGCCGUCAGCGCCGCCAGCCCCGCCAGCCCCGCCACACCCAGCGGCCUGCGUCCGCCCCUGCCAAAGAGCGUCCGCGGGGGCUCCUGAGUCUCUCCGGCCCCGGGCCCGCCUCCGAAGGCGUGGAGCGCCGCUGCGGCCGCAAGUUUGUGAAAGAUGAAAGUGACCUUACCAGCUUUGGAUACUUGUGAGAGUUCCUUCACACCUUUGGUGGUCCUAGAACUGGCUCAGGAUGUCAAAAAAGAAACCAAAGAAUGGCUGAAAAACAGAAUUGUCUCUAAAAAGGAAGAUGGUGGUGCCCAGCUGCUAUUUAGACCACUAUUAAAUAAAUAUGAGAAAGAAACACUAGAAAAUGAGAACUUAUAUCUUGUUGGUGCCUCCAAAAUUACAUUAUUACUGGGUGCAGAAGCAAUGGGUUUGGUAAAGGAGUGUAAUGAUAACACUAUGAGAGCCUUUACAUAUGGAACCCGACAUAACUUCAAAGAUUAUGAUGAUGACAAUGAUGACUUCCUUACAAUGGCAGAAUGUCAAUUCAUUAUCAAACAUGAGCUUGAAAAUCUUAGAGCCAGAGAUGAAAAGAUGAUCCCUGGUUACCCCCAGGCAAAAUUGUAUCCAGGAAAAUCAUUAUUGAGAAGACUGCUCACCUCUGGCAUCGUGAUUCAGGUGUUCCCAUUGCAUGAUAAUGAAGCCCUGAAGAAGCUUGAGGACAGCUGGUAUACUCGGUUUACUUUAAAGUAUCAGCCCCUAGACUGUAUUCGUGGCUACUUUGGGGAAACAAUCGCUCUUUACUUUGGAUUUUUGGAAUAUUUCACUGUUGCCUUAAUCCCUAUGGCGGUCAUUGGGUUACCUUACUAUUUGUUUGUGUGGGAAGACUAUGACAAGUACGUGAUCUUCGCCUCCUUCAACCUGAUCUGGUCCACAGUGAUCCUGGAAGUGUGGAAGCGUGGCUGUGCCAAUAUGACCUACAGGUGGGGGACACUCGUUAUGAAGAGACAGUUUGAGGAGCCUCGGCCAGGAUUCCAUGGGGUCCUGGGUAUCAAUCCCAUCACCAGUAGGGAGGAACCUCUCUACCCCAGCUACAAGAGACAACUGCGCAUUUACCUGGUCUCUCUGCCGUUUGUGUGCCUCUGUCUCUAUUUCUCCUUGUAUGUCAUGAUGAUUUACUUUGACAUGGAGGCCUGGGCCUUGAGUCUACAUGAAAACAGUGGAUCUGAGUGGACCAGUGUCCUGUUGUAUGUGCCCAGCAUCAUCUAUGCCAUUGUGAUUGAGAUCAUGAACCGCCUCUAUCGAUAUGCUGCUGAGUUUCUAACUUCAUGGGAGAAUCACAGAUUGGAAUCUGCCUACCAGAAUCAUUUAAUUCUGAAAGUUUUGGUGUUCAACUUUCUGAAUUGCUUUGCCUCACUCUUCUACAUUGCCUUUGUCUUGAGGGAUAUGAAGCUGUUGCGUCAGAGCUUGGCCACUCUCCUGAUUACCUCCCAGAUCCUUAACCAAAUUAUGGAAUCUCUUCUUCCUUAUUGGCUCCAAAAGAAGCACCACGUGCGGGUGAGGAGGAAGGUGCAGGCUUUGAAAGCCGACAUUGAUGCUACAUUAUAUGAACAAGUUGUCCUGGAAAAAGAAAUGGGAACCUAUUUGGGUACCUUUGAUGAUUACUUGGAGUUAUUCCUUCAGUUUGGUUAUGUGAGCCUUUUCUCCUGCGUUUACCCAUUAGCAGCUGCCUUUGCUGUGCUAAAUAACUUCACUGAAGUUAAUUCAGAUGCCUUAAAAAUGUGCAGAGUCCUCAAACGACCAUUCGCAGAACCUUCAGCCAAUAUUGGUGUAUGGCAGUUGGCUUUUGAAACCAUGAGUGUUAUAUCUGUGGUCACCAACUGUGCUCUAAUUGGAAUGUCACCACAAGUGAAUGCCCUCUUUCCAGAGUCAAAAUUGGACCUCAUUUUGAUUGUAGUAGCAGUGGAGCAUGCACUCCUGGCUUUAAAGUUUAUACUUGCAUUUGCCAUCCCUGACAAACCACGGCAUAUCCAGAUGAAACUGGCCAGAUUGGAGUUUGAGUCUUUGGAAGCACUCAAGCAUCAGCAAAUGAAGCUCAUGGCCCAGAACCUGAAGGAGGAAUCACAGGAAAGCAGUAAGAAGGAGGCCUGAGCGCCCGCCCAGCCUGCCUGGAGUGAGGGCGGAGGGGCACCUGGAGCAACAAAGUGGCCCCUGAACCCUGACCCCAUGCAGGGCCACAGGAAAGGAUGCCACGUGGUAGGCACCCUCCUCCAUGUGCAGUGUCCUGGUGAGGGCCAGGGGACAGGGCGGCCAAGACCUGGCCCUUCCUGGGCCCCCAGUCGGCCCAUGCCUUCCCGCCCCUGCCCAGGCCCUGUUUGUCACUGCUGCAGCUGUCUGACCUCGCCCCAGAGCCUUGCUCGCGGGGACCACCACUCUCCAUUCACCUCUCACAGCAACGGGCCCUUCCAUGGGCUGGUCAGCUGGGCAGGGUGUGAACCCCCCAGACACACACACACACACCCCACCCCCGGAGCUGGUCUGGGGCUUCCUGCUGAGCCUCACUUGAGAGGGAGGGUGUGUGUGCCUCCAGGCAGUGUUGCCAGCACCUGGACAGCUCUAAAUGCCUCUCUCCUGUUCUGUUUUGCAGUAUGUUAACAGACCCUUUUCUCAACAAAAAACAGAGUAACUGAGCUAUUAAAGGCAACACUUACCUCUCUGA